AUGGCCUUCCCGCCCGUCGUCGACCACCGCAACCCUAACCCUAACCACCUCCACCUUGAAUCCCUCCCUCUCAUUGACCUCGGCCUGCUCUCUCAAUCAGACCUCUACUCUCUCUCCCUCACCUCCUCCUCCUCCUCAUCCCAAUCCCGCCCCACCCGCCGCUUCGACGACAAUGUAUUGAUCCCCAAAAUCGACCGUUCCGUCUUCAACGAAUCCGCCGGCAGCCGCAAGCAGACAUACUCCCGCCUCCGCCUCGCUCCUCGCAACUCCCAAUUCCCAGUCCCAAACCCCAAAUCGCAGAAAACGAUUCCCCAUUCCCAACCCCGAGACCCCGAAACCCUCCAGAUUAUCGCUCUCUUGAAGCAGCUAUUUCCCUCCGAAAAAGCCCUAAAAGAAAACGACGACGUACUUGUCCCUGUCCCCGUCCGCCUCGCCCAAUACGAUGCCACGCCCGGCCCCUCUGCGGAAAACUUCUCUGCUGGACUCUCGGUCGAUGUCGGUACAAAGAGGAAGAGAGGCCGUCCGCGUAAAUAUCCCAAUGCCACUAUAUCUUACCCGAGUGUCAACGCUGAUGUUUCGAUGGAGAUGCGUGGGGGUGACAAUACGACGCCCGGGAUUGUUGUUCAGAGCAGUGAGGGCAGCCGGAAGCGAGGCCGGCCGCGCAAAGAUGAGAACAGAGUGGUUUCGGUGGCUAAGCGUGAGAAGAAAGUGAAGGUAAAGGAGGCGAAAGUCAAGGAAGGAAAUGUGAAGGUGGAGGAGGCUGAGAUCGUUAUGGUGAACGGACAUGGAGUUGUUGUGGACUUAGCUGCGGUGGAGAAUGCGGACGGUUUGUUUGGGGAGGAGUUGAGGAGGAGGACGGAGGGGAUGGAUACGGAGGCGCAGUUGUUAGCGUUUCUGGGAGGGUUGGAGGGGCAGUGGUCUAGCGCUAGGAAGAAGAGGAAGAUUGUGCCUGCGGAAGAGCUUGGUGACGUGUUGCCGGUGCAUUGGAAGAUUUUGCUGGCUCUCAAGAGGAAUGGAGGUCUAGUUCGACUCUUCUGUAAACGAUACAUAAGGGCGCACGCAACGAAGGAUAUGAGUUUCAAUUUUGGUAGCCCGAAUAGAGAGAUAUAUGGAAAGUUUGUGUCGUGCGAGGAAGUUUCUUCGUACUUGAUCUCUUAUUUUGGAGUUGGAAACAAGUCAAUUCCUGGACAUACUGAUGGCAGUAUUCAGCUUUCUAAUAAAUUGGUUUCUGGAGAUGGUAUGCAACAGGAUACUAAUACCUUUGAAGAUGAGAUCAAAGCUAAUGAGCUUGCUAGCCGCUCUCUAAUGCCUAUUACUUUUGUAUCACCUGGUCAUGAGAAGCAAGAAAACUUAUUUCAUACAGAAAAUUCACAGGAAUUUCAAGCAGGAGAAGAAAUGGGUAUGUGUAAGAAAGUUGACCCCAUAAAGACUGGUAUUCUGCAAACAUCUUUGAAGAUUCAUGAGUCGGGUCAAAUAGACGGGGAACUAUCUUCUGAUGCGGUAGCCAAAUGUGAAUUGAGUGCUGGUUUUCCUUGUGGUAAAGUGAAUAAUGAUAUAACAAAUUGUUUUGGAACAAACAACCAUGAAUUUAAUUCAUUGUCUUGUGAGGAUCAAGCCUUGAAGAAUAAUAAACUUGGUAAGGAUUUGGGAUUUUCUGAGCAGGGUAGUGCAGUUAAUUUGACAAAUGAUAAGUUGGUGGAUAAGCCUACUGGUCCUGGUCUCAGCUUUGGUGAAACAAAUACUUUGGACUGCUUCAAUGAUGGAAUAAAUGAUGGUUAUAAGGCUUCUGUGAGUACAGUUGAUGUGCCCAAAGUGGACACUGGUACUGCUUUAAAUGGUAUGCAAAAAGAACGGAGGUCUGAGAAUUUUGAUGACAACCAAUUAACUAGCACAGAAGAAAAUACAAAAUUUGAUGAUGUGGAUGAUUGUGGGAAUGGCAGGUCAAUAUCUGGUAUUAGUGUGAGUUGCAUUGGACCCGAGAAUGUUUGUACUAAUUUCUUGCAGCAAAGCACUUCUGAAGCCUGCUCGCUUCUUCCUUCAACUAUCAUACAGUCUCAGCAGAAAAGAGGCUCUGAAAGAGGUUUAUGUAGUACUACUGAUGAGAAAACAUGUGAUGUCAGGGAUGUUAACAAUAGUGAGUCACUCUGCACAUCUUAUAGGCCCAAGUUUGAUAAUACUGAUCUAUCUGGGAAUGAGGACAAGGCAAUCAGUUUAAGCAGCGAGCAUGGUAUGCUGAAUGUGGUUGCGAUGGAAAUCAAUGAGCAUGUUAUAAGUACUGGGAGCUCUUCAAGCGUUCCAGGUCUGGAUGGACAAAGUUGUAUCAAUUUAGGUAAUGCAAAGAAUCCUAGUUACAUAGAGGAGGAACUCUGGCAGGAAAAGAGUUUUCAAAUUAAUGUAUCUGUUCCAUUUGUUAAACAGGGCAGGGAUUCUUCUGAAACUGGUAUGAUUUACUCCUCUGGCUAUGCACAGAGUGUGAAUAGCACAUACUCAAGCUCAAUGGAAGAAUCAAAAAAGGAGGAGGCAAAAAGUUCUUGGAAUAACGAGGUAAUGCUUUCUUUUGGCAGCAGUUGUGCUGGACCAAUUUCCAAUUCUAUAACAAACACUGUGCAUGAAAGAAGUUCAGGAGGACCUUCCAUUGUUCAUUCAGAGAAUAGCCAAACAUUUUUCACUGGAAAUAAAGUAACUGGCAUUUUCAGUAGCUCAGUGUUGGAUGAUAAGCAGAUUAGAGGUUCUGUUGAUGGUUUAAUACAUCGAAAUGGUAAUGAACAAACCUCUGGGUUUGAAAAUAAUCUAAACAGGGUUUAUAGCAGCAUAGUGUGGGAGCAGCCUAAUACUGAGAGUGCCGAAAAAUCCAGGAACAAUGAGCCCAUGACGGGUUUUCUAAAUCAUUCCCAACCUUCUGGGGAUGUCAUGGCUGAAUUUAUGUGGAGAACUGAUGAGCAUAAUGUUCAGCAGAGUGGAUUGGCUGAUGCAUCAUCUGAACUCAUGCAGUCAUCUGGAUACUAUCCGAACUUUGAUAUGUUGUCUGAUAAGGGUGCAAACGGAGCUUUAAGUGUAAAUGAAAAGUUUGACAACAUGUCAGGUUUGGAAGGAUUGGGACCGGGUCAGUUUGAUUAUAAUAUCCCGACAGUGCAAGCAACCUCACAUACAAAGGAAUCAAAAGUGUUGUCAUAUGAUGGAGAGCUGGAACAAGGUUUCAGUUCAUCUGAUUGGCUUGAAAAGGAAUCUUUGCCCUCAAUGCCAAAUAUCACAAGCAGGCAUGAGAUUAACACCUGUGUCUGGUGCAGAAAUGAGUUUCAUCAUGAGGUCUAUGAACGAACACCACCUGGUUCUGUUGGUUUGAUGUGUGCGACCUGCCAGGUCAAUUUCUCAGGCGAUUUUUUGUAGUUAUUCAUUCGUAGUGCUGCACCCAGUGAUGGUUUUCUUGUUAUAUAUUCAUCCUCCUUGCAAGAAGAAGAAUUCUUGGUUGAGGCUUUGUUGGAACUGUUUUGAAGAUCACUUUUGCUCGUUGAUAGAUCUAUUGUUCCUAUGCAAGAGGCUGAUAUUUCUGGUUCUGGUAUGGAGCUAUAUGUCCAUUUCUUGCCAGAGGUUACUUGCUGCAGCACAUUUACUUUUUUUUUUUUUUUUCCUUGGCUUCCCUUUAGGUCUAAAUGAUUGUUUCAUAUUUCUGAUUGAUUUAGGCCUUCUCUCUUUCCUUUCCAGCGGAGGAUUUUUUUCAUAUUCUCCGCACGAGAGAGAAACUGAAUGUCCAAUUAGGUUUUUGGACUAACUUGUGCAUAACAACUCGGAUAACAUUUUCUGCUCCGAAUAUUAGCCUCGCAAACAAAACAUUUAUUUUGUUAAUGAAGAUAUAAGAAUUCUUAUGCUGGUAA